CUCUGCCCACGCGACUUCGCGGACAAGCUAGGCAGCAUCUGAUCGUGUGGCGCUUGUUAAUUUUUUGGAAAUAUACUUCAACAUGAAAAACACAAGACGUGGAAUACUUUCCUGAGACAGGUAUACUGUGACUUUAAAAUUAAUUAAAAUACCAAGUUAAUAGCUUAAUGUAGCAGGAGAAACUAUUUAUGAUUAGCAUUUCUAAGUUCCCGGAAGAUCUUGCAAGGUUGAUUUUCCUUCGCUGUCUUGUCCGACCUACUGGCACAUGCGGUAUCAUACAGGAAUAGAAACUGUUUUAAUCGUUGAAUUCAUUAUCCAAUAAGAAAAUACCAUCUGUAUUCAGGCAGAUCUUGCCAAGAUUUACUACAUACUAAAAGAAAAACGUAAUCCUGUGGAUUCUCCAAACAUGAGUAAGGAUAGCGGUUAAAUAAGAAAUGGCGCAGGAGCAAAAAUCUUAGCCUUACACAGUAUAGUUCUGUUGGACUGGUGAAAGUAUGGAUUGUUCAGCUUUAGUUGAGGAGGGCUUGGAUAUACACAAAGGAAAGGAGGAAGAAAGAACUGAAUUAGAUGAAAAAGAAGAUAGAAAACAAAAUAACAUUUUAAGAUCUAGUCUGUGUGAGGAGUCUAUCUGGACCAGGUCUAUUUCUGACUUAACAGUGGGAAUGAAUAAAAUUCCAAGAAAACAACGCCCUGUACAAGCAACCUUCUACUCAGGUGGACAAUAUGCCUCAAGUUUAGGAGAAACCGCUACAAGUGACAGAGAAGUCAAAUGUUGGGAAGCAGAGGGAUUAAGCAAUAUGGGACCUGACCAGAUCCAACUAGGGGGGGAAAUGCAAGAGGGGUCAAUGAGGGUGAUGGUAAGAGAGGGAACUGAAGAUUGUGUGACAGAAAGGGAAGAACAGGAGGGCAUGGAGAAAGAAAGAAGAGAUGAGUCAAGUGACAUGUGGAAAGCAAGGGAUGACAGAAAGGCGAGAUGGAGAGUGCAAAAAAGACAGCGACUCAAGGGUAGUGUGGAGGAAGAAAAUGAAAAAGAGAGGCUGGAGAUGGAAAGAGAUGGGAGGAAAAGAUGGACCCAAAGGGGAAGCAAGGAAGAAGAUCCGCAGAUUGCUGAGAACGGAGCAGAGGCGCUGCUUCAGGUGGCCUCCAUCCGAAAUCCCACAAUCUCCCGCAUACUUCUGAACUCCUCUUCUUCCUCCACCUCGUCUUCCUUCAACUACUCCUCUGUGGAUAGUGACGAAGUCUUCAGUGAUGAGGAGGAGACAACCACUAAGGAACAGUGCAUAACUAACAAGAAGGCUUGUUCCUGGAGGACCUUCCUGACCAUGAUGCAAUGGUCAGCACGUAGAAGGAGUUCAUGGGUACAACUAGCAGGACAUCCAGGAAAUUUUUGUCCCAGUGAGGGAGGAGAGGUGCUGAAAAAGUACAAUGCUGUCGAGAGCUCCUGUCUACAAGCCCUUAUGCACGAUUCGUUGUGCCGGUUCGUCCCACAGUACUAUGGAGUGACCAGCAGAGGGAAUGAGAGAUACAUGCGUCUGGAGGACUUGCUCAGUGGGAAGAGCUUCCCUGUCAUAAUGGACUGCAAAAUGGGUGUUCGGACCUACCUAGAGAAAGACCUAUCAAAAGUGCAGCACAGUGCUUCCUUGCGCAGUGACAUGUAUUGGAAGAUGGUGAAAGUAGACCCAGCAGCACCGACGGUGGAAGAGCACGCACUGAGAGCUGUGACAAAGUCGCGCUACCUGCAGUGGAGGGAUAGCUUGAGCUCCAGCUCAACUCUAGGCUUCAGGAUAGAAGGGAUCACGAAGGAAAAUGGCAAGGUGCUACGUGAUUUCAAGAUGACCCGAACUCUGGCUCAAGUGACCGACACUGUGUUAACAUUCACCAAGAAACAGCCCAACAUUCUGAAAGACUACCUCUCCAGACUCAUGGCUCUAGAUGAAGCUCUGAAGAAGUCUGAGUUUUUCAAGACUCAUGAGAUUAUUGGCAGUUCACUCCUGUUCAUCCAUGACCGCAGAAGUAAAGCCAACAUAUGGAUGAUUGACUUUGGGAAGACCUUCCCAACUGACUCUGGUCUAUACCUCAAGCACAACAUUCCCUGGAUUGAGGGUAAUCAGGAAGAUGGAUAUCUUACUGGCCUAGCCAGCCUAACCUCGGUUGUGAAGGAAGCUCUCCUGGAAGCUGAAAAACUGAACCCGUGCGACUGUAGUACUGACACACAACACGAACUGCAGACGCACUGUGUGUCAGUGACAAAGGAUGUCAUGCAGGAGAUAUCUCAAUCUGCACCUGCAUUCAGUGCUAGGGAUACUGUGCUAGAAGAGGUUUUUAGCUGUGUCCAUUUGGAGGCCAAUGGCAGUAGGGGAGCUUCUACGACCCAAACAUCCAUUUAAUGUAUAGAUAAUCAGGCUCCCUACAAUGCAAUGGCAGAACUGGAUUUCUCACAUUCCAAACAUGAAAUUUUUCCACUUGUUGCAAAAGUGGAUAAGGACUAGGAAAAAAAAAAAGUAAAGUAGAGAACAUCACUAAUGUAUAAUUUGCAAAGUUAUGUUGCAUCUGGACAAUCUUAAGUGAUUUACUGGCAGCUCAGGUAUACAGCUUUAAAUAAAGUUUUAGCUUCUCGGUGAAAAAAUACCUGAAAACCAUACUGUAGGAAAUCACAGGAAAUGUGGGAUUGUAUGGCCAGGCAUUAUGGAACUAAAACACAAUAAAUGUAGCAUGAAAACGGACAGUAUUAUGCAGUGAGUAAAAUUUAUGCUUUACAAACGUUGUGGGAUUUCUUAAACUGAAUUUAAUUCCAGACCAGACUGUAUAACUCUGUCUAUUCCAAACUCUUGCAUAAUGACGCUUGGCAACAGGUUUUCCUAUUGUGGCAGCUGAAUAUACAUGCUUUUAAUUAAUCUCAUCCCUUGCCUGGGCUGUACAAGGGCAUGCUGUACAAACCCCCUUCUUGUAGCAAUAACUGUUCAUUACAGAGUAUAAUAUGUAAGGUAAAUGGCAAAGGAAACCAUGGCUAAUGUAUGACUAUAAAAUCCAUUAUGAUGUAGUAUCUGAAACUAAUGAAUGAGCUGCAAACUCUGUAUCAUUAGCCAUGGGGCAGUCCAUGUCUUGUAUAACCAGAUUAAAUGUGCUAUAACAAUUCAA